AUGGAUGGCAGCAUGACAUCCGACCAGCAAGUCCAGGACAAUCAAAAGUUUCUGGAGCAGGUCUAUCUUCAUCCAUUGACGCAAUAUCAGUCAAGCAAUUAUGUUGAUCCAAGCCAUGUGAUGUAUGACAGCCAACAUUCACGGUGGAUCGAUCCUUCCGUGGAAGUCCUUGAACAGAUUUGCCAGCGAGAUGGGGGAUUGAACUAUCCAUUGUCAGAUGAAGAUAAUCCAAGAUCACUGUAUCCGGAAGUCCCAGAUCCAAAUGCAUCCACAGAGCCCUAUUAUGUCCACAGUGGCUUGAAUAGAACAGAUAUCCCGGCUCUAGCCCAGCAGACGAAUCCCGAAGCAUCAGUUGCUCCAUCUGACUCAGCAGCUGGUCAAUCUGUCGCGGUCAAUAACUAUAAUCACAACCACAACACCACGAUGGGUGAUGAAAGCCACGAAAGUCAGAACUUGGUCGACAGAAACAUGCAGAACACACAGACUGAAGAUAUGAAUGCAGACGCUCAAUCGGAUACUUCAGAUAGCGAGGCUCCAGAGACCAGAAAGUCAAAGAAUAAGGGAGCAACUCAGAGAAAGCGCAGACCUUGGACAACGCGCACUGAGUUCAAUUAUCCACGUGUUUGGAUGACUGAACAAGAAAUGAAGAUCAUAGAUCCUGAAUAUGAGAAGAAUCCUCGAUUGGCCUUCAAAGAUAUGACAAAUGCCAAGAAUGGAAUGAAGUCUUUCCAAAUAAACUGGGAUCAAGUAGAGUUACUGAACGAACACCGUCGGAAUGUUGCACAUGAAGAGAAUGAGCGUAUGAAGCGCUCCGCUCCUGGAACAUACGUACAAAAAUUUAUACCUAAGCCUUACUGUCCAAAUGGCCGACUUCGGGAAUGUCGUGAUGAGUGGUUGAGAAGAAAGCAAACGGGAGAAGUUUCUGAUUCAUGGACAAAUCGGAUGAGACGAACGGCCGACCAUAGGCGGUAUAACCCUGAAUUUGAGGAUACAAUCGCAGUCGAGAAAAAUUAUGUCAUCUCUCUGAAGGAAGUCGAGAAGCCACACAUCAAAAGAUGUGAUCCCGAAGGAAAUAGGGAGGAAUAA